AUAUUACUAGAUUUAUCCUCCUAACAUUUUGGGGAGGAAAUGGAGAAAUAUAUAGUGGUGUCAUCUCUUUCUCUCUCCUAUUCAAGGGAAUAUAGAAGUAUAAAAAAGGGAAAAUUUUUGGAGAUAAAUCUGGAAAUUUGAGAUUUUCAAUAUAAAUGGAAGGAUUACCAGAAGAGCUUUGCCUUAAGAUCUUCUGUUUCUUGGAUUAUAAGAAUCUGUCAACUGCUCAGCAAGUUUGCAGGAAAUGGAAUGUCUUGGGCUCAGAUAAUACUUUAUGGGCUAACCUCUUCAAGGAGAGGUGGGGUGAAGACCGUGCUGUGAUCUACACUCCGGCUAAUUCAAAGUCAUGGAAAGAUAUGUAUAUAGUGCAAGACCGUUGUGAUCGUGUUGGAUUAGAAUUGAAGAUAAUUAGAGAGGGAGUUGAUUAUUACCUCAUCCGCCGUGGUGAAAUACGUCGUCAUUUCGGUUCAAGGAGACAGCGGAAAGGGCAAGAGGCUAGCACGUUGAGCCGUCCGGGUGAACUUACUCAAGACGGGUCUUUGGUAAGAGGAUCUAGUUAUGGGAUCCUAGAGAAGAUGCUGUUCUUUAUUGGGGAUUUGGAGGUUGCUUCUAAUGAAGCGAAACGAAGCCGAUUAAUGUGAAUAAAUUGAUGUGUUUGUAACCCCUUGUUAUCCACAAAGAUCUGUAUGUAAGCUUAUUUCUCUGUUGUAUAGUUGUAUGCAUUAGAGCAAUACUAAUUUCUCUGUUGUAUAGUUGUAUGCAUUAGAGCAAUACUAAUUUCUCUGUUGUAUAGUUGUAUGCAUUAGAGCAAUACUAAUUUCUCUGUUGUAUAGUUGUAUGCAUAAGAAAUCCUCUCACUUAUUUGUAAAUCUCACUGGAUGAUUUGUAAGUGUCCACUCCUUAAUCCUUA